AGGUCGGCUCAGAGUCUCCGGCGGCUCAGUCUUCGUGUCUCUGUGACGCCCGCGCCCAGGAGCCGCGGUGCGCGCGGACGGACGGACGGACGGACGGGCGGCGGGGGACCCGGGCGGACAUGGAGGCUGUGACCUUUGAAGAUGUGGCUGUGAACUUCAGCAUGGAGGAGUGGGCUUUGCUAGAUUCUUCCCAAAAGAAGCUGCACAGAGAUGUGAUGGAGGAAAAUUUCAAGAAUCUGACUGCUAUAGGAAAAAUGGAGGAAAACCAAGAUACUGAAGAUGACUACAAAUAUUCCUGGGGAGAUCUAAGAAGUGAAAUUAUGGAGAGUCUGUGGGAACUAAAAGAAGGUAGUCAAUGUAUAGAAAUCUUCAGCCAGAUUCCAAAUACUGUUGUAAACAAGAAAGUUUCUCAUGAAGUAAUGCUUGGUGAACACCAAGUGUAUGAAGAUGUAUUCAUUGGUCGUUCAUCCUUUAAUGUGCCUGUGACUGUUCAGACUGGACACCAAACUAAUGAAUAUGAGAUGCAUGAAGACAGUUUCCAUAAAUUUAGGGAAUGUGGGAAACCCAUUAUUUAUUCUGAUUACUUUCUGAAGAAUGAGGACACUCAAAGUGGGCAGAGAUCUUAUGAACUUAACCAAUGUGAGAAUUUCUUCCAGAGUCACAGUUAUAUUCAAAUACAGGUUAAUGGUGACACUAGAGAAGAAAUGUAUGUGGGUAAACAGCAUUUUAAUGCCUUAACCUAUCCUAGUCUUUUCCAAUAUGUUGAAAAGAUUGACACUGGACAGAAACCUUAUGUAUGUAAACAGUGUGGGAAAGCUUUUUCUUUUUUGAGUAACAUUCGAAGACAUGAACGAACUCACACUGGAGAGAAACCAUAUAGAUGUAAUAUGUGUGGCAAAGCCUUCAGUUGUUUGACUAACUUUCAGAAGCAUAAAAGAACUCACACUGGAGAGAAACCCUAUGUAUGUAAGCAAUGUGGGAAAGCCUUUUCAUCAUGGAGUAACCUUCGAAGACAUGAGCGAACUCACACUGGAGAGAAACCAUACAAAUGUAAUAUCUGUGGCAAAGCCUACAAUUGUUUGACUAAUUUUCAUUACCAUGAAAGAACUCAUACUGGAGAGAAACCUUAUGUAUGUAAGCAAUGUGGAAAAGCCUUUUCUUCUUGGAGUAACUUUCGAAGACAUGAACGAACUCACACCGGAGAGAAACCAUUCAGAUGUAACAUAUGUAGUAAAGCCUUCAGUUGUUUGACUAAUUUUCAAGAACAUGAAAGAACUCACACUGGUGAGAAACCCUAUGUAUGUAACCAGUGUGGGAAAGCCUUUUCUUUUUUGAGUAAUAUUCGAAGACAUGAACGAACUCACACUGGAGAGAAACCAUACAGAUGUAACAUAUGUGGUAAAGCCUUCAGUUGUUUAACUAACUUUCAUUACCAUGAAAGAACUCACACUGGAGAGAAGCCCUAUGUAUGUAACCAAUGUGGGAAAGCCUUCAGCUAUUACAAUUCUAUUCAGACACAUAAACGAUGUCAUACUGGAGAAAAACCCUAUGUAUGUAAGCUCUGUGGUAAAGCCUUCACUACUCUCAGUUCGCUUCGAUAUCAUGAGAGGAUUCACAGUGGUGAGAAACCCCAUGUAUGUUUGCAAUGUGGGAAAAGUUUCAAUUCCUCCAGUAUCCUUCGAACACAUCAACGAACUCACACUGGAGAGAAACCCUAUAAAUGUAAGCAUUGUGGUAAAGUCUUUAGUGUUGACAGUUCCCUUCGACGCCAUGAACGGAUUCACAGCGAAGAGAAACCCUAUGUAUGUAAGCAGUGUGGAAAAGCCUUCAUUCAUCACACUUCCCUUCAAUGCCAUGAGAGGAUUCACUGUGGGGAGAAACCCUUUGUUUGUAAGCAGUGUGGGAAAGGUUUCAUUUCUUCCAGUAGCUUCCGAAAGCAUGAAUGGACCCAUACUGGGGAGAAACUGUGUGUAUGUAAGGAUUGUGGUAAAUCCUUCACUGGUCACAGUUCUCUUCGACGCCAUGAACGGGUUCACACUGGAGAAAAACCCUAUGUGUGUAAGCAUUGUGGGAAAGGCUUUUCUUCUUUGAGUAGUUGCCAGAGUCAUGAGCAAAUUCACACAGGUGUGAAGCCCUACGUAUGUAAGCAUUGUGGGAAAGCCUUCACUAAUCCCAAUACACUUCGAAAUCAUGAGAAGAUUCACAGUGGUGAGAAACCUCACGUAUGUGAGCAAUGUGGGAAAGGUUUUAUUUAUUUUAGUAAGUUUCAAAUACAUGAACGGACUCACACAGGAGAGAAACCAUAUAAGUGUAAACUAUGUGAUAAAGCUUUCACUGGUCACAGUUCCCUUAGACGCCAUGAAAAGAUUCACAGUGGAGAGAAACCUUUUGUGUGUAAGGAAUGUGGGAAAUCCUUUUAUACUUUAAGUAGUUGUCAAAGACAUGAACAAAUCCAUACUGGUGAGAAACCCUAUAUAUGCCAGCAGUGUGGGAAAGCCUUUAAUCGUUCCAGUUCCCUUAAGGUACAUGAAAAGAUUCACACUAGGACGAGUACUAAGGUAUAAAAAAAGGUGGAUUCAUCUCUAUACCUUGUGAUGUUUUAAAUUCACAGUUCAUAAAAAAGAGAGCUAGGAUGUUGGUUUUAGAAAUGCUUCUAGUCAUCCUGGUUGAAUUCACAGAGAAGUACAUACUUUGAUGAUAAAUUUAGAAUAGAUGUGCAAAUGUCUUCAGUUGGCCCACCUCUGAAAAUCUACCAAGUAUCAGAACUUCAGCACUAUGGCAAAAUUACUUCAAGUUCUACGAAAAUUAAUUCUGUAACAAUUCCUAAAUAUUUUUAAACUGUCAUGUGAAUUUAUGUAGAAUCUUCUAGAAACUGUAUUCUCUAAAGGAAAUAUUCUGAGACUAAGUAUAUUGCACUUAUUUGUCACACAUUCUGAAAGUAGAUCUCUGGAAUAUAUAUUCCUACUUUCCACUCUUGAAAAUAAAUUUCCAGGUGAUGUAAUCUCUAUGGUCUUUUUAAACAAUAGUACAUGAGUUAAUAGGAUUCCUUUUGAAUCUCAUCUUUCCGUGUUUGAACCAUUUUGGGUCCAUAGGUUUAAUGGUUUGAAGAUUAUCCCAUAUAGGCUUAUGUGCUGUAGUUGGUCCUCUGGCAGUUUGGGAAAGUGGUGGAGCCUUUGGAAGGCAAAGCCUUGUUUGGGGAGGUGUUUCAUUGGGGGGCAGGCCUUGAGAUUUAUUAGUUCAACUCACUGUAUGUGUAGAGCCGGGUCACUCGUACUUUGCAGCCAGUGUGACACAAGGCUGUCUGCUCAGCCAUGCUUCCCUUGGUAGGUGGUUUUCCCUCCCCUCAAAACUGUAAGUUGAAAUCCUCUUCCAUAAGUUGCUUGUUGGGUGUUUGUGCUAGCAGUGAGAGGGUAACUGCUACAACAUGUAAAUCAAAUGUGUCUAAUAUGCCGAAUUCACCUUCACAAUUUUUUUUUUAGGUGAAAUGUGUAUCUGUUACUUUAUGCUGGGACAGUAAUCCCAACCAGAAUCAAUUUAGGGGAGAAAAGACUUUAUUUUGACUUACAGUUUUAGAGGGUAGAGUCCAUUAUGGUGGUGAAAGUAUGGCAGGAGCAAGAAGCCAAUAGCCAUUGUCACAUCUGCAGAAAGCAAGUAUAUCAGCAUCAGGGACAGAUUGUAACAGUCCGCCUCCCAAUGUCACAUCUCCAGCCAGGUUCCACCUCCACAUCCUUCUCAAAAAGUGCUGUCAGUGGGGUUAAGUAUUCAAACACAUGAGCCGAUAGAGGACAUUUUGUAUUCAAACCACCACAUGCCACCCCCCAUCUUCAUAGAUGCAUGCCCAUCUCAUGACAAAAUGUAGUUAGUUUAGCUUAAAUAUAAUGAGAUAUUCUCCUGCAGUGGCUACAUUGAAAGAAUGAAUACAGAACUGUCGUUGGUAGUGAUAGUAGCUCUUACUAGAAGCUUGUGAUAACAGAAUAAAAAGAAACCUAAUGUUUAAAAAUACUGUCACUACCAUUAAUGGAAGGGUGAGGGAGGAAUUGUGUUCACUUUUAUGUAGCAGUUACUUUGUUUUGCCAAAUUAGAAAAACGUGUAAGAUUUUUAUUUCGUCUUGGUUAUCAUAGUCUCUAAGAGGCAUUUUACUUUCAGAGGUGUGACUUUUAUCUUAAGACUUGGUUUUGCUUUGAGUGUGAGACCAACUUCAGUCUUCUUGACCUGUUUUGGUAUUUGGGUAUAUUAUAUAAACAUUUAACUUUGUUGCACUGGAUGCCUUUCUCCAUCUAAUAAAGUCAUUCUUCAUA